CGCGACACCUGGAAAGACCGAUCCACAAACUAGACUCAUCGCGCUAGCUAAGCAAACAAAAUGGAAGACGCAGACUUGGAGCAGAUCCGCAAAGCUCGCCUCGAGCAGCUCAAGGCUCAGGGUGGGGCAGGCAACAAGGCUGGCGGCGGCGGCGGCCAGGCCCAACAAGCAGAGCAGAAGAGACAGCAAGAAGCCGACGCCCGCAACGGCAUCCUCAACCAGAUCCUGCACCCGGAGGCCAUGGACCGGCUGGGGCGCAUCCGGCUCGUCAAGGAGUCGCGGGCGACCGAGGUGGAGAACCGGCUGAUCAUGAUGGCGCAGUCGGGCCAGCUGCAGCAGAAGGUCACCGAGGACCAGCUCAAGGAGCUGCUCAACGCCGUCUCGGACAGGCAGGAGGAGGAGAAGAUUGUCGUCAGCAGGCGCAAGGGCUGGGCCGACGAGGACGACGACGACCUGCUAGAUCUAUGAGGCUGGGACGGAGCUUGAGCCGAAUUUUACUUUCUACGUUUUUCUCCCCGCGCAAGGGUACCCACUGGUCAGAUGAGAUAUUAAGCCCAAAGUGUUCUCCCGUGGAUAUGAGUUUACAGUAAUGUACAACAUUAAUCGUUUUUUCUCUCUCUAUUCGCCACUCUCUUUUCA